UAGGAUUUCGAGCCACACACAAGAUCACGCGAAAUCUGGAGCGCGCUGCCCGCAGCCGGACGGCAAAUCCAUCGCAGGACGCUCUCUGACCCAUUCCCACGGCGACAGCGGCGUGAGACGACGCACAGAGCAGCCCGAGUGAUUUGGGCAGCCACCACGAUAAAAUGCGCGGCGGCUCGGGCCUCGCACUAGCCUACGUGCUCGGCCUGUUCGCGCUCGCCGCGACGCGCCGCAGGGAAGGGCUGCAGCGCGUCCUUGUGAGGGCCAAAUUGCUGCUGCCGCCGGCGGAUGCCGAUUGGGGCCCGUGCGCGCGGCACGUGCCCUUCGCCGAGGGCGUCUCGCUGGCCAAUGGCGACGCGCUGCGGGGCUGCGCCGGCGAGUGCGCCGUUGGGACUUGCGAGCCGUCGCUGUUGCGGCUGACGGCGCAGGGCGCUUUAGUUUUGCAUCGCGGCGCGGACGCGACGGCGCCCGUCGCCUGGAAGCUCGCGACGGAGCCGUGGUGGCGGCGCUUCGGGCCGCCCAAGCCCUACCGCGCCACUAUCAAUGGUGGAGCCGUCGAGCUGUAUAGCCAAGGCGCGUUGCGAAAGACGGCGCCGCUCGCGCAGCUUCAUGCACUAUCGGAGGCGAUCGGCUACGACGCCCCACCACAAUCAGCAGUAACCGAAAUCUAAAUAACACACCUAGUUUUUUACGACCAAGAACUAGAUCUGC